UAAUCAUAUGCCUUCCUCAGUUCUCCCCCUCCUUGAAUUUGCUUAGGCGCUUCUGUUGGACGUGUUUUUCCGUUUUUAAGAAAUAUCAUCGGAUUUGCAUUUUUCUCUGGAAUAGUCUUUUUUUUUUAAAAUAACUACAUUUCUUUGGGACUUCAAACAAUUCGGCAUUUGGGAUGGCGUGCGCCGGCUUUACCUGUUCCAAGAACUCUCUCUGUGCACUGAAUCUCCUCUAUGUUAUGGUGAGCCUGCUCCUGAUUGGCUUUGCCGCAUGGGGGAAGUGGUUUGGCCUGGUGUCCAGUUUCCAGGUGGUGGGCGGAGUCAUCGGAGUGGGCGUGUUCCUGUUCCUGGUGGCGGUUGUGGGCCUCGUCGGCGCGCUGAAGCACCACCAGGUCCUGCUGUUCUUCUACAUGAUCAUCCUCUUCAUGGUGUUUGUGGUGCAGUUCUCAGUUUCCUGUGCUUGUCUGGCCAUCAACAACGACCAACAGCACCACCUGCUGGAGGUUGGAUGGAACAACUCCCAGACCACGCAGGGAGACGUGGAGAAAAAUUUGAACUGCUGUGGCUUUACCUCCGUGAACUACAACGAGACCUGUCCGGCUAUCUGUUUCUCAGGGCAGUCUUGCACCACGUGUGCUGAUAUGAUCCAGCAGUAUGCUGGUGAAGUUCUGCGUAUUGUGGGGGGAAUCGGACUCUUCUUCAGCUUCUCUGAGAUUCUGGGGGUGUGGCUAACGUACAGAUACAGGAACCAGAAGGACCCCCGGGCCAAUCCAAGUGCUUUUCUGUAACCCCCCCCCCCUCCCCAAAACUCCUGGACACUGUUAUUUUGUCACUGUUUGCACCUGAGACCCUGCCCUGAGAUAGGCAUGUCCUAUAAGAGUUGUGUUUGAGUGACGUGUUCUCUGUGUGACUCACUGUCCUACACGUAACUGUCUCUCGGGAAUAAGAGCCUUAAUUACCAUGGUAGCAACCCUUAUAGAGGGUUACUGAACCUUGCUCAGACUGUGGGGUGGGAGUUAGGGGGUCAGGAAGAGGCAGGGCUUCACGAACCUCAUAAUGGGUGGAGCCACCAUGACCUAUCAAAAUGUUUAUCCAACAAUAUAUGUGGUUCUCCGGUACAAAGCAUUUGAGUUUGGGCUGGUUCAAGACACAGAUGUGAAGUAUUUCAUUAGAGAAUUUCAUGUUGACUUGCAUACUGUAGUUUUUUAUAUUUUUAUAUAAAAAUCUACACAUCAUUAUGGGUACGGUGCAUCAACCUUCUCUCUUUAUUUCUCUCUCUCUCUCUCUCUCUCUCUCUCUCUCUCUCUCUUUUUCUCACUCUCUCCUCUCUCUCUCUUUUGUACUCCUCUCGUCAGUUCUAUCCAUUCCUAUAAUGAGCAGUUUCUUGGAAAAUUGGUUUUAUUUAGCAAUAUUUGUGAAUAUUGGUGUUUUAAAAAGUGACUUCUGUGUGAUCUAUUGUGAAUGCUACGAUUAAAACCGCAGUACUAUAGGUGCACAAUUGUAUGAGAACUUUGCAUUGAGUGUGUUCGCCCAAAUAUUUAAUAUCUGUGAUCAGUGAAGGAUGGUUUCCUGUUGUAAGUUGGUUUCUGUUUUGUUUUUGUUUUUGUCUAUAAAUGCUGUAGAUUCCUUCUUUUUUUAGAAUCUGCUGAAUUAGCCGGUUCUUUUUGCUGUGAAACUAUUCCUAAUCUGCUAAUUGAAAUUGUGUGUGAGUGUGAGAGAGAGUGUGUGUGUGUGUGUGUGCAUGUGAGUGUGUGUGUGUGUGUGUGAGAGAGAGAGUGUGUGCAUCUUUUAACGGGGGUUAAAAGAUGCAUUGUGGGGCGCGGGCGGAACAGGGUCACCCUGCAGUCCAGCGCUCGCAUUUUCGGCCGCCCGUCCGUGUUGCGUUUUUAAAGUCCAACGGUUCUGCACACAUAUGCGCCUGCUUCACGAACGGUCCUAAAUCACAAUUAAAGAAAGCGAGUUUUAAAAACUGA